AUGGCUGAGGAAGAAGAGGUCGAAGAAGUCGACAAAAAGGAUGACAAAGCGGUCGUGCUGUUCAAAAAGGCGGAUGAAAUCACGGACAUUAAUCUUCUACACAAGGGCUUUAAUCUGCACAAUCGUCCUCUAAAUUAUCUAUGUCGGCGGACGAACAUUGAAGAGGUAGUUUAUCACGCUGUGAUGGCUGAUACCGUAAAAUCGCCCUACACAAGCUUUAAGAUGGCCAACCAGUGUCUCUCCUUUCUAUCCGAGUUUGAUGUUCUUGGCGGAAUGCGUCCCAUCAAAAGGCUGGUUGAAAUGAUUUUCGAUCAGAAGAUGCGUACAUCUACCAUCAUUCAUAAAGUUGGAAAUCUGCUCCUAUUGGAUGAGUUUGACAUUGACUCUUUCAUCCUCACAAGUUCUUCAUAUGUAUGA